CCAUGGCCCUCUUCUCAAGAACCAGCAGCCAUCAUAACACCACCAGCCCCAUCCCCUGUGGGGCAGACAACGCUACGGAGACUGACCUGCCACCCUCACACACCUACUACGCCCUCUGCUACUGCAUCUUGAUUUUGGCCAUCAUCUUUGGGAACGUGCUGGUCUGCUUAGCUGUGCUGAGGGAACGCACCUUGCAAACCACAACAAACUACCUGGUGGUGAGCCUGGCGGUGGCAGAUCUGCUGCUGGCUACUUUGGUGAUGCCCUGGGUGGUGUACCUGGAGGUGACGGGAGGAGUCUGGACUUUCAGUCGAGUCUGUUGCGAUAUCUUCGUCACCAUGGAUGUGAUGAUGUGCACAGCCAGCAUUUUAAACCUCUGUGCCAUCAGCAUUGACAGAUACACUGCAGUGGUGAGACCAGUUCAGUACCAGUACAGCACUGGGCAGAGCUCCUGCAGGAGGGUGUCUCUCAUGAUUGUGACAGUCUGGAUGCUGGCGUUCGCAGUGUCGUGCCCUCUCCUCUUUGGCUUCAACACUACAGUGGAUCCCAGUGUCUGCUCCAUAUCCAACCCUAGUUUCAUCAUCUACUCCUCUUUGGUGUCCUUCUACCUCCCCUUCAUGGUGACCCUGCUGCUCUACGUGCGGAUUUACCUGGUGCUAAGACAGAGGCAAAGGAAGCGAACCCUCACCCGGCAGGGCAGCCACAGCACCAGCCCCAGCCCCAGCCCCACACCCAAAGAACACACGGAGAGAAGAGCUUUGCCAAACAGAUGCCAAGGCACCUUUUCCCCUUGCCUCCCACUCAGAUGCUCAGGCCAGGAGAUGUCUACCAAAAGGAAGCUGCUGGCUGCCUUCAGCCUGCAGCAGUACUGCAGCUUCUGCCACCAGCCACCCCUCCCCAAAGCACACAGCAGGCUGGAAGAGAGGAGGAGGAGCACCAGGCCAGCACUGGAGGUGCAGAGGCUCAGCGAUGGGAAGACCAUCAGCUCUUUGAAGGUUGCCCACCAGCAGCCCCGGCUGGUCCAGCUGAGGGAGAGGAAGGCCACCCAGAUGCUGGCUAUUGUCCUGGGAGCUUUCAUAGUCUGCUGGCUGCCCUUCUUCUUGAUCCACAUCCUCAACGCCCACUGUCUGUCCUGCCACGUGCCCCCAGGGCUCUACAGUGCCAGCACCUGGCUUGGCUACAUGAACAGUGCCCUCAACCCCAUCAUCUACACCACCUUCAACACCGACUUCCGCAGAGCCUUCCUCAAGAUCCUCUGCUGCUGAGCA